AUGUUUGAGUUCAAAAGAGUUUGUGAUUCACUUGGACAAAAAGUUAUGCAAUGUUUUAUAUGUUUAAAGGAGUUUAAGAAGAAAAACCAUUUAUUGCGACAUUUUUCUGUUCAUCUUCCAAACAGACCUUUUAUAUGCAAAGUUUGCAAUAAAACAUACAAAACAAGCAAUGCACUCAAUAUACAUGCUAAAAGGCAUGUUCAAAAUAAAUUUCAAUGCGAAAGUUGUCAAAAAUUAUUGUGCGAUGAAGCCUCACUAAAACUUCAUAUAAAAAGACACGUGAAAGAUUACGCUAUUAAAUGCGAUGAAUGCGAUAUUGGAUUUUAUACAAAAGGGGAAUACGACAAUCACAAUAACAGAAAACAUUUAGGAAUCAAUGAAAAUAUAUGCGAAGUGUGCAGCAAAUCAUUUUAUAGCAAGCAUGGUUUAAUGGAUCAUAAGAAAAUAAUGCACGAAAAAGUCGAACCAAUAUUUUAUUGCGAACCAUGUGACAAAAAGUUUGUUUUAAAAAAACGAUACCAAUACCACCAAGAUAAAUAUCAUUCCAACAAGGAAAGCCAAUCAUCAGUAUGUCACAUUUGUGGAAAAUCAUUAAGUACAAAGGAAUAUCUUCGAACACAUUUACUAAUCCACAAAGGAAUUAAAACACACACUUGUCCGACGUGCAAUAAGAGCUUCACCACGAAAAACACACUUACUCUUCAUAUAAGAAAACACACCGGCGAAAAACCGUAUGAAUGUAAAAUAUGCAACAAAAAAUUCUCACAGCCAAGUGCACGAAAUCUCCACCUUAAAAAACACUCAGAUGAAAAACCGUUUAAAUGUGAAAUAUGUGAUAGCUCGUUCGUAUCACAAGGAGUCCUGAACAUGCAUAAGAAAACCUCACAUAAAAUAAUCUUGACUCAUAACAAACUUGUUAAAAUGUAG